UCACACUGCUCUCACAUCAAUCACAAGCACUACCUCAUCGCACAUCAAUCACAGCCAUAACCUCAUUCAAAUCAAUCACAAGCAUCGCCGGCCACGAUCAUGCAAGCCGCUUUCGUCGCCGCCCCCCUUCCCAUCGAGGCCUACAAAGGCACUCUGAACGACCUCCUCACCCCUCCUGACUGUUCCGUGUGCAACGGCAGUCAUCCUCCAUCAUCCUGUCGUCCGGCCGUGGACGACAAUCAGCGGGGACUGCCAGGCAUCAUCGCCUGGCUCCCACGCCGCGCCCAUGUCCCGUCCGUAUCGUGUGCUCACGAGCACCUCCGAUCAGACUCGGCCUUCGACCAUCCUUGUCUGGUGUUGGAGACCAGCGCUUGUGGCCACCUCGCCUUCUGCGCACAAGUGACCUCGUUCGGAGACGGCUCCAUCCACGACAAGUACGAAAGAGCCCGAGAUCUGUCCGUCAAGAGGCAGAUCUUCAACGAGUAUGUCAACUUCCGGGAGGAUGCCGACGUCCGUCACAAUCAGCUCGGAGAACUCGACUAUGGGGGCGACAGAUUGCCGAAGCAAUCAUAUGUGCACCUCGAGUUCGGCUUCUGGAUCGAGCAUGUCAACCUGUCGUCAAGAGGCCGAAGCAGGCUGUGGGAGGAGUCGCUGUCCGAAGUCCGACAGCUGUAUGCGUCCGCCGAGAACCAUCGACGGACAAAUGGCAGCUGCGGGCAGGAGAAGCUGCGGCGAUCAGCUGAACGGCAGUCCCGUCGUCCAGUCUCGCCCCCCUCAGCCUCGCUGAACGUCGUGGCGCACAGGCGCACAGGCUUCGGUCAGCCGUCGCCGCCGCGGAUAGCUCAGUCACCGCAGGAGCCGGCGCACUGCUUCGCUGCGCCACCCUCGAGUCCAUCACCGCAGCAUCAUCACCAUCAGCAGCAGCAGCCCGAGCCUCCGCUGUUUCAGCUACCAAGACGAGGCAAUGCCGCGCUCCGGAUCACGGCGCCUGUCGAGGUAUAGCAGCGACGCAACGACGUGAUUG